ACGGGCUGCUCUGCCUUCUGCUGUUGCUGAGCUACUGCUGCUUCAUAACACCGGGACUGUACACGGAGCAGGGGAGUGGACUACACUACAACGCCGGCCACUGCUUAGAGAAAAUAGAUAACGGUACCCGGGAGGAAACGUCUGUCAUGAGUUAAAAGAGUCGUAUGUUCGCUAAAUGAAGUUUGACAGGCUAACGUCAGGUUUAGCCAUCUUCAAGUAGCCAAUUAGCUCCAGUGUCGGCUGCAAGUGCUGCCACUAGCUGCUAGCAUUGGUUAUAUUAGCUGUGUGUGUGUUUUCCACUCGCAUGGUGACAGCUUGCGUUACUUCUCUUUAGCCUGAGCUGCCAACCGGUUUCUAACGCUAGCUAGGUCACGUUGAAGGCUGUGAGUGAGUUAUAUCUCUGCGGUCUGCGCACUCUCUCUGUUGUGUGAAGUAACCUGACAGACGCAUGAUGGCUUUUACUAUUUAAUUAGCCCUUUAAGCUAGCAAUGCGUACUACAUUGUUUCAGAAUAACGUUAGCUUCCCGGCGUCGGAUUAUUGCACACUGUGGUACAACCGUGCCCUGCCCAGCAGCGUCUCGUAUAGCAUUUCGCAUAAUGAGUGAUCAUUAUGUAAAAGUUAAGGUUCAACUCGAGCAGAUGAAAUCAUUUGGCGAGGAUGCAGAGAAGGAGGGUGUGGACACCGAGGGGCAGGUUUCAGUGUCCUCUCCCCCGGCUUCCGUCUCACCGGACCCUUCCAGCCUCACCAUCACUGGCCGAGAUGCAUCCAACUCCUCCAUCACUUGUAAACAAAGGGGUAAAAGUCGUAGUAAGAUGGGGAAAGAUGACAAGAACUCUUGUGGCAAACACAUCCCGGAUCUGUCACUGCACGGGUCUGUGAUUUCUCCCCAUGUUGGGAGGAACUUGAAUAGACUGGGGCAUGAGCGGACACUGCACAUCAAAGGAACUGGGAAGAUCCUGCAGGGCAAGUCGGAGAAUAACGGGAACUAUGUAACCAUCCAUUCAUCCAAAAACAUUCAAGAAGCACGCCAUGAGGACGGAUUCAAACUUGCGAGGAGGAGAAGACCAGUGACGGUGGAUACCGCAAAAGCCAAAACCUCGUUGGAGGCACUGAAGUUAAGCAUCAAGCAGCUGAAGUGGAAAGAGUUUCCUCUGGGAAGACGAGCAGCCUGUGAUAUCUACUGGCAUGGCGUUUCCUUCCAUGACAAUGAAAAUAUAGUCUCAGGGCAGGUGAACAAGUUCCCAGGAAUGAUUGAAAUGCUGAGGAAGAUCAACAUGAGUCGGGCAGUGCGCACUAUGCAGGAGUUGUUUCCAGAAGAGUACGACUUCUAUCCCCGUUCCUGGAUCCUGCCCGAGGAGUACCAGCAGUUUUCCACACAGAUUCGCAUGGUGAAGGAGAACGAUGCCACACUGAAUCCCACUUUCAUUGUAAAGCCAGAUGGGGGCUCUCAGGGGGACGGCAUCUACCUCAUCCGUGACCCUAGUGACCUAAAGCUCAUGCCGGGUUCACAGGCCAAACAGGCUGUAGUCCAGGAGUACAUCCAUAAGCCGUUACUCAUCGACAAGCUCAAGUUCGAUAUCCGCCUCUACGUGCUGAUAAAGUCCAUGGAGCCAUUGGAGAUCUACAUUGCCAAGGAAGGCCUGACACGCUUUUGCACCGAGCCCUACCAGGAACCAAGCCAGAAGAACCUAAGCCAUGUCUUCAUGCACCUGACAAACUACUCCCUCAACGUCCACAGCGGUAACUUUGUGCACUCAGACAGCCAGAGCACAGGCAGCAAGCGCACUCUCUCCAGCGUGCUGUACAGGCUGGCAGCUAAAGGCGUAGACAUCAAGAAGGUGUGGUCGGACAUCAUCGCUCUUGUCAUCAAGACUGUCAUCGCUGUGGUGCCAGAACUUAAAGUUUACUAUCAGGCUGAUAUACCGCCUGGCAAACCAGGACCCACUUGCUUCCAGAUAUUAGGUUUUGACAUCCUGCUGAUGAAGAACCUGAAGCCAGUAUUACUGGAGGUCAACUCUAACCCCAGUAUGAGAAUAGAACAUGAACAGGAAGUGUCACCAGGAGUUUUUGAAUACGUUCCUAGUCCUGUUGACGAAGAGGUCAAAGUGAGUGUGAUCAGGGACACUCUGCGCCUUAUGGAUCCUGGCAACAAGAAACCUUCAAUUUCCCAUCCAAGAGGCGGGGAGGAGAUUCCCAUGGAGGCGGAGACACAAGAGAGGAGCCAGGAUGAAGGAGCUCUGCCCUCGCUGUGUCUGAAGCAAGUCUACCCCAAGUACACCAAACAGUUCAACUACCUGCGGCUGGUGGAGCGAAUCGCAGUUCUGUUCAUACGCUUCCUCGGGGUCAAGGGCAAUAUGCGUCUGGGCCCCACUGCCUUCCGAACCUUCAUCAGGACCUGCAAACUGAGCAACAGUAACUUCACCAUGGCUUCAGUGGACAUCCUCUACAUAGACAUCACCCGUCGUUGGUCAGGGGCAGUGGCUGACUCUAGAGAAGCAGGUAUGGGACUACAAGCGUUUGUGGAAGCAUUUUUCCACCUGGCGGGUCGCAGGUUCAAAUCCCUGGCGAUGAGGGAGCAGGUAGCAUCUCUGCUGGAGCUGUGCGAAGCUCAGCUGGAGUCCCAGUCGGGCGUCGAGGACAGACGCUCCGUGAGCUGCAGCAGGGCGCUGCCGCGAGCUAACAAGACUCAGACGCUGGGCCUCACCAACCCUCAGCUCAACUCUCCGGCUCCCCUGCGAAGGGCGGCCAGCCAGGACUACCGACUGCAUCAGAGACUCAAGCCUCGCACACUCAGGGCCAACGUGGAGAACUGACGAGAGUCAUCCAACUCCCAAACACUGCCGUUAGCUCUCUCCACAGGAGCAGGGGGGAAAUUAUGCAUCCAUCUCUCCUCUGCUGCUCCCGCAAAGGGGGGAUGAUGGGAGCUGAGAGAGGGACUAGCUCGACCCCUGCUGGCUGACUUGCAGGAGUACUGUUCUCAGCCUGAUUGCUUUUUUUUUUUCCAGAAGGAAAAGAUGUCCGGGGGGGUAUGAGUGGAAAUAGAACGAGGAGUAAAAGGAGGUUGGUGCAUUUCUUCCUCCCCUCCUGAUGAACGAUGUAGUCCAAUCAGGGGGAGGAUAAGGCUACUUUUAAUAUACCUACUGAUUCUACAGGGCAGCUAUCUGCUUCCCUUCACCUCUGUCUGGCAACACGUGCACCGAAACAAACUUUCUUUUUCAGGGAUAACAUUAAGACGCUCCAACUACAUUCAGUGCAUUUACACACGUUACACAUAAAUAAACGGGUGUAAGGGAGUGUCCUCAGUGUGUGUAUUAUAUUCUUGAAUUUGCACAACAAGCUCUUUGAACCAUUACUUUUGCACAGAAAUGGAUGUGAGGGUGACUGAGCAUUUGUGUGGGCAUAUUGUGAAUGUGUGUGAGCGUGCGUGUAUGUACUGUACUUUAUUUAUUUGUGUUUAGCCCAAUGGUGAAAGCCUAUUUACAGCCAGUGGCUCAGCUGUGCAUUCUAACUCCGUGAGCCCAUUAGUGACGAGUUAAGUGAAUAAGUAUUCAAAGGGAAAAGGCCACGCCGCCACUUAUCCUCUUUCAGUUCAGCAGCUAUUCCUGUCAGGCAGCCUCAGACCCAUCAUGCGAACGUGUUUUUUAGGAUGAUUACUUUAUAACCACACGACUGCCAUUGAGAAUUAAUUAUUGCAGAAGUAAUCGCAUGGCACAAAAUGUCACAAUUUAGACAGUUUUCUUAAAUGUUAUUCAGAUUGCUUUUUGUGAUAAAACCUUAUCCGACACACAGAAGGACCGCCGCCGGUGGACGCAGAAAGGUCUUAGAUCAUCGCCGUCAUUUCAGAUUAUUCACACUACAGUUACUCUACUGGACGUUCAUCGUUGAAUUGUAUGUUUUUUCUUUUACACUAAGAUUAUUAAAUUGAUUUGUCACACGCAGA